AUGGGAGCAAGUCGGAAGUUGCCGGUUGAAUCUCUCGCCGCCGCCGUUACUUUCCUUCACGAGUUUGCCAUCCUAUACUUCGCCCUUAGAACCAUGGCGUCAAAAGCAGCAGCUGUGGCGGUUGACUUCGCCCGCAUCUACUCUUCUCUUGGACUCGGAAAGGAGACCGUUUCCUCCCUUCAGGCCUUCCGGAAGCGCCACAGCGACGCACAGCGUCUCAACAACACCUACAACAACCUCCCCACCACCGUCAACUUCGAGCACUACCGCUCCGUCCUCAAUAACAAGGCGAUCGUCGAUGAGGCUGAGAAGCUCUUGAAGGACUUCAAGCCUGUGUCCUACGAUGUUGGUGCCCAUAUCAAGGCCAUUGAGACGUUCGAGGCUAAGGCGGUCGCCAAGGCAAAGGAGACCGAACAGAAAAUUGACGUUGAGCUCAAGCAGCUUCAGGAGACCCUUGCCAACAUCGAGGAGGCUCGUCCUUUCGAUCAACUAACGGUGGAUGACGUUGCCAAGGCUCACCCCCGUAUCGUUGAAACUGUCGAGACCAUGCUUAAGAAGGGCAAAUGGACAGUGCCAGGUUACAAGGAGAAGUUCGGCGACCUCAACCUCAUGUAA